AAAUAAUAAUAACAACGGUUGUUUUUUGAAUUUUUCUAAUAGUCAAGCAGGAAAAGUUGUUUUUAUUUAAUUAAUAAGGAAAUAUAAAGUGAUGGAGCGCAAUCAAGGACAUAGAUUCUUAAAUCCAAAGGAAGCAUCCUGGAAUUUUGAUUUGAGCGAUAUAAAAAAUGACAAAACACAAUAUUUAGAUAGAACUGAAUUAAGAAGUGUACAAAAUUCUCCAUUUGAGCCUAAAGAAAUAUCUGCAAGAUCAACGCAAAUCCAGACAAAGCAAAAAUUUGGUCAACUUGAUUUUGAUGAAAUAAUGAAAUCCAGUUCUUCGGAAGCUGUAAGAAAUAAAUAUCGUGAAAGUUUAGCCGUUGGAAGAAUGAGCAAUUUCCCAAAAACAAAUGAUUCAAGCUUCAGAUCAUCAAUUAGUAACAAAAAUAGUGAAAUAGUCAGAACAACAUCAACGGUUAGUCGAAAAGACUUUUGGGAUGAUGCAAAUCCAUCAUUUUCAAGCUUCACUGGAAAGAACUUAACAUAUUCAAAUGAAGAAUUCACACCAGCUGAAAAUAUGGCAUUUCAAUUAGAAGAAGAUGAGAAAAUGCAGGAAAUGGAAUAUGCAGUAAUUCCAAGAGUCAAUAAAGCUACAGAAGAAACAGGCAAUUGGGAAAAUAACGUGUCUAGGCAGCCGGAAAUGUCAUUUGGACAGUAUUGCAUGGAAAAAAUUAAGCAGAGCAACAUUCGAGAAGUGUACAGCAAUGUCAGUCCACCAAAAAGACAAGACAGAAUCCCGUUAGUUGAAUUAAGCACAAAUGACAGCUCGAUAAUGAUGAAUGAACUGCAAAAGGAUGGAAAGUUCGAUCAGAAUUAUAUUGAGAAGCUAAUCAAAAAAUCUGACGCUAAUAAGGCACCAAAAGCUCUGAUGAAUAAAUUAAUGGAGAAGAAAGUCAAGGAAGUACAAAAGAAUGUAGCAGAACUAUUCAGCGAUCAGAAAAACAGCAACACAUUUCCAAGUUCUGUUGCACGAAUGAUGCAGGAACUAGAUGUCGAUAGAAUUAUGGAACUAGCUGAAGAAGAGAAAAGCAGGAUGAGAAUGGAAAAGGAAAUGGAUACAUUUGAUGAUAUUCCAGUUCAAGACGAGAAUAAUUAUGGUGAUGACUUGCAGAGAGACAGAAAUGAAUUACAAACAGAAAAUCGAGGAUUGAAAAGAAGACAAUCAUUGCUCUCAAGCGAUACUCCUCGGUCAGCACUUGAUAAAUGUCUUAGAUCAAGAUCACCGUCAAAUUAUAGAGAAUUGGAGAAAGCAGCUGAAAAUCUUAAGCCUAAAAUGCUCAACGAUGAAAGUAUCUUCAAAAAGCCGCUGCCAAAUGACUCAACAAUCCAUAAAACUUACAAUAAAUCUCCAUCAAGAACAAUGACUGAAAAUUCCGAUAGUCAACAAACAUCCAGAGAAUAUCUUACAGCCAUGCAAGGAUUAUCAAUACGAUCACCAAAUGAAAAGUUGUCAUUGCCAAAUUAUGGAUUACAACGUCCUGAACGAUCAGCUUUAACAUCACCAACAUCUUCAGCGUCAAUUAGAUCUAUAAAUACUCAACAUUGGUCACCAGAACAUCGACUUAGAAGAAGUGCAUCACAAUUAAGUAACGACAGUGAAUUUAGUGACGACUACUUGCCUAUUAAGAUAAAUAACAUGGACAAUCGAAAGAUUUCAUUUCCAUCUGUUAAAAUUGACAAGUAUGUUAUCAAAAGCAUUACAAUUCAAAAUGGAUCUGACAAGAAAUUGCCAUUAAGAGUUAAAGUGAUCGGUGCUGGAUUCUCAGUCUCGCCACAAGAAGAGUUUCGUAUGGUUCCAAUGGAAGCUCGUACAUUUAAAGUUAAAUUUUUACCAAGCAUUGUUGGACCAGCACGUGGUAGCUUAAUUUUUGAGCUUAUUACGAACAAGCAGUGCUCAAAGACAAUUCCUUUAUAUGCUUAUGGAGGGCAUUCAAGUAUAAGCAUCGAUGGUGUUCAGAAAGGUCCAUUUGGUCCGCAAUUUAUCACAAUGGGAACUGUUAAGGAACUUCAUGCUGCAAUUGAGUGUAAAAUCAGAUUAGUUAACAAAGGAACACUUCCAGGCUUUGCUAGUCUUGCUUUUGAAAAAACUAAACUCAGUGACUUUGUACUCUCAGAUUCAAUAUCUGUGGAACCAAAGCAAUUACGUAUUGAGUCUGGAAAGUCAGCAGACGUGAGAAUCAGGUUUAAACCAUCAAAGUCUGAGGUUCGUAAGAUAAUUUCUUUUAAUAAAGAUGUGACAACAAUUGGAGAGAUUUGUGUCAUUAGUGGCGACGAGCCAACGAGAUUGAGAGUUCUCAAAAAUCAGCAUUUUGUCGAGCCAAAGUUCCUUAAUUGCUUGCCGAAAUCACUUCCAAAUGAAAUUGAUAUUCACUUGAAAUUGCAAAAGUUUAAGGAAGAUUUAAGUCGUGACAAGUUGACUUCUAUUAUGGAAGAGACUAUUCGAACACAUGGAAUCGCACUUACAAUUAAUAGAGAUCUCGAAGACUCAAUAAUGCUGUCGACUGAGAUGUCACUUGCUGAUGAUACACGAAUGAGCUUCAAGACUUUUCUCGAUCAAACCAAUAUGCCUAAUCCUAUGGAUACUGUUUAUUUUGAUGAAGUUCCAGGUCAAGAUGACUUUCUUGAAGGCAAAGACUUUCGAAUAUCACCAUCCGAGCUAUACUUCAAUCGGUCAGAUGACGAUCAUAAUACAACAAGAUUCGUCAAAAUAGAAUCGUUAAGUGAUGAGAUUAUGUACAUUGAAGCUGUUCCAUCAAAUCAUAAGCUAUUAUCAGCAAUGCGGUCGUGUGGGAAGUUAAAUCCUCGACAAUCAUGUGAAAUUAAAGUGUCAUUUACUGAUAAAGCUUAUAAUACUCGACAUUCUGUUACUACCGUAUUAAUUAUUAUCAUUCAUGGUGCUCGCAUUGAAAUUCCAGUUAAGCUCGUCGAGUGAACAUCAAGGAUCCAAAAAUAGUAAAUAUCACAGACAUAUUCGUCCAUUAAGUUAAUUAUGUUAAUUGUACUUAAAUUACAUUUUAUAAGCUCCAAUACAGUUGCACUUUUUAUACAUUUUGUAGCUAUUGCUGUCUAGUUAAUAAACAUUUUGCUAAAAUUUCAUUUUUGGUGUAAAUUUUUAUUUAAAUUAUAUCAAAAAAUCUACAGUUUAUAAAUUAGAAAUUACAUCUCGUUCAAUUUGAUUUAAAAAAGUAUUUUUUAAGGAUUUUUGUGGCUUUUAAAAAUGGAGCAAUGAUAAACUUUCGGACAAGCUAAUUGUAUAGCUGUUAUUGAGCUUUGGUACGGUGGUUUACGUGCAAUUAAUCAUGAAUUUAUAGAAUUUAACGACAUUUUUGAAGUUUAAGUAGCAGAGACACAUUUUUGAAAAUUUAACGGCUUUUUAAUUUUUGAAUAUUUCAGUUAAAACCGUACAAUUCCUUAGUAUUUCAAAUAUUUUUUGACAGUUUAAAUUUGAAUUUCCGUUGAAAAACCAACCGUAAUUAAAAUGCACAAUAAACCACUUGAGCUCGAAAAUUACUUGAAUGCUCAAUUAAACAAUUUUGAAUCGUUAAUUAACA